AUGGCCACUCCCACCGCUGAAUCGCCCAAGGGCGUUGACCUUUACGCUCGCUUCGCUUUCGCUGGCGCUGUCUGCUGCUCCGUUACCCACGGUGCUGCCACUCCCCUCGAUGUUGUCAAGACCCGUAUCCAGCUUGACCCUGUCACCUACAACCGUGGCAUGAUCGGUGGUUUCCGCCAGGUCAUCCAGAAGGAGGGUGCUGGCGCUCUCCUGACUGGUUUCGGUCCUACCGCCGCCGGUUACUUCCUCCAGGGUGCCUUCAAGUUCGGUGGUUACGAGUUCUUCAAGCAGCAGGCUAUCACUCAGCUCGGCUACGAGACCGCUGCCAACAACCGUACCGCUGUCUACCUCGCCUCCUCCGCCUGCGCUGAGUUCAUGGCCGACAUUGCCCUGUGCCCUCUCGAGGCCACCCGUAUCCGUCUCGUCUCCCAGCCUACCUUCGCCUCCGGCCUGCUCGGCGGUUUCAGCCGUAUCGCUAAGGAGGAGGGUAUCGGUGCCUUCUACUCCGGAUUCGGACCCAUCCUGUUCAAGCAGGUCCCCUACACCAUGGCCAAGUUCGUCGUUUUCGAGAAGGUCUCCGAGGCCGUCUACAAGUCCGUUGACAAGAGCACCCUCUCCACUGGUGGCCAGACCGCCGUCAACCUGGGCUCCGGUCUUAUCGCCGGUCUCGCCGCCGCCAUCAUCUCCCAGCCCGCCGACACCAUGCUGUCCAAGAUCAACAAGACCCAGGGCGCUCCCGGUGAGGGCACUGUCUCCCGCCUCGUCAAGAUCGCCAAGGAGCUCGGCCUCCGUGGCUCUUACUCCGGUAUCGGUGCCCGUCUCUUCAUGGUCGGUGGUAUCACUGCCGGUCAGUUCGCCAUCUACGGUGACAUCAAGCGUGUCCUCGGUGCCACUGGUGGUGUUGAGAUCUCCAAAUAG